AUGGUCCUGGAUACCGGUUUCGCCGCGGCAAGAUAUGCUGUGCUCAUACUCGGGUCAUAUUAUCUCCUCGUCAUCGGCCACCGUAUCCUGCUCCACCCACUGAGGCGUUACCCGGGGCCGCUGGUCGCCAAGUUCACCGACUGGUAUGGCGGCUUUCACGCGCUGUCGAUGCAUCUCCACUUGACCACAUACCAAGAUCACAAGAAGUAUGGUCGUGUCAUGAAGCACGGUCCGAACAGGCUGGUAUUCAACUCUGUCCAAGCUCUGCAAGAUAUCUACAGCAACGAGAGAACCACGAAAUCCCAUAUCUAUCUACUCACCGUCCAGGCUAAUGGUAUUGAUAGCAUCUUCAACGCUGUUGACAGGAAAAGACAUGCUUCCAAGCGGCGGCUUGUUGGCCGAGCCGUCACGAAGCGUGCAAUGCGCAUGUUCGGGCCCAUCAUGCAUGAACAAAUAGACGUGUUUGCCUGCAAACGGCUUGGGCUCGACAUUGUCGGUCAUCUGGCCUUUGGCUUUGCUCUUGACACGCAGACGGACCCGACAUACCGCUUCAUCAUCGACGGCAUUGCAAUGGGAAACUACCGGGCCAACUCCUUCAUGCAGCUGCCAUUCCUAAAGAACGGAGCAGGAGGGGAUACUACAGCAACUGCGCUAAGUGCGCUAUUCUUCUAUCCAUCACACAAUCCGGUAGCCUACCGCCAAGUGUCUGAAGAAGUCCGCGGUACGUUUACGCAUGCUGCAGAGAUCCAAGGUGGCCCGAUGCUCUCGGACUGCCGGUAUCUCCGUGCUUAUAUCGACGCGACUUUGCGCAUGUCCUCGCCAAUAUCAGGGACUUUAUGGCGCGAACUCGCUAAAGAUGAAGAGGCGAAGGGUCCCUUGAUAGUCGACAGGCACGUUAUCCCGCGCGGUACCCAGGUUGGCGUGAACAUAUACACACUCCACCACAAUGAGGAUUAUUUCCCUGAGCCCUUCGACUUCCGCUCGGAACGCUGGCUGGUCGAGGACAGCAGCGAACUGCAGACCAUGCACGCCGCAUUUGCGACGUUCUCGGCCGGGGCGAGAGGUUGUGCUGGAAAGCCCAUGGCUUAUCUUGAAUCUAGUUUGGUGGCAGCCAAGACACUGUGGUACUUUGAUUUCCAGACGGCGCCGGGCGACGUGACCGGUGUCGGCAUACGUGGCAAGAUGGACGGGAGAGGACGUCGCGAAGAAUACCAACUACGUGACGUCUUCAGUGCCGCGCAUGACGGGCCGUACGUGGUGUUUCGCCCGCGCGGGGAUGCUUGCAAGGAGUUGGGAGUGAGAAUGAGCCAAAGCCAGUAG